AGGGUAUUAGCUGGUUAAUACACUGACUUGUACCAGUUUAUUUGAAACCCCAGUAGUUUUUACUUGUGAACACCAACUCUGUAGGGUCUGCAGUGCCAGGAUUUGAUACAAACGUUCUUGUUCUGAAUAUGCACAGAAUGUUCCUAUCAAAAACUGCAGUUUGAAGUGAAAUUUAGCUGACAUGGUUCACGGAUCCCAGGGACUGAAACUACAGCAUAUCUAACAGGAAUCAGAUUGCAGGGAGAUAAAAAGAGAUGCAGAAUUUACACGCUACAAAAGGAAUAAGGGAGCAGUGCUGUGGGGAGCAUAGACUGAGAUUGGAGUUGUUUUGCCUUGAAGACGAAGCUUUUAUCUGCGUCCUGUGUGUUCCCAAGCAUUCCAACCACAGUUUUGUGUUUUUGUGUAAGACAGUCAGUGUGUAUAAGGACAAGCUAAAAUCAGCAUUACUAUCCCUGCAAUUCAAAGUCAAGGAUCUUAAAGAUUUUCAGAGCAACAGGACAAAGGAACUCCUGGACAUACAAGAAAAUACUUGCAUUUUGGAACAAUACAUUUUAAAACAGUUUGCAAAACUACACCAGUUUCUUCAUGACAAGAAACAAAACCUUAUUCAACAGCUUAAGAAUGAAGAGGCAGAAAUUCCAAAAGAGAUUGAAAAAAAUAUGGGAUGCGUAAAGAUUAAUGUUAUGGACACCCAUGUGGCAGGGUCUGAUGCCAUCUUGGAGCUCAGGAAUGAAGAGGUGGAGACUCUGACAGAGAUAGAAGCAACUUCUAAAGACGUUCAAAGCUAUGCCAUGGAACAUGCUUACAGUUUGGAACAAUAUAUUACAUUGCAGUUUUCAGAACUGCACCAGUUUCUCUAUGACAAGGAACACAAACUCAUUCAACAGUUUAAAAGUAAAGAUGCAAUAAUUCUGAAAGAUAUGGAAGAAACAGUUAAAUGCAUUGAAGUUAAUGUUAUGGACACACAAGUGGCAGCGUCUGAUGCCACGUUGGAGCUCAAAAAUGACAAAGUGGAGACUCUGACAGGAAUGAAAGUAAACUGUGAUAUUAAAAGUCAUGUUGUGAUAACACAUGAUGCAGAAGCUGAUGAAAAUAUGGAGGCCAGAAAGCAGGAAACAUUUGGCUUGCUAACAGUGCCGGAGACAUUUGAGGAUGUUGCUGUCAUUUUCACAGAAGAAGAAUGGAAGAUGUUAGGAAAGCAAGAUAAAGAGAUAUACACAGAAGUGAUGGUGCAGAACUAUGAAAGUCUUGUUUCAAUGGGAUACAGAAUCCCCUUAAGGAAAUUAUUAUUACUUCUUAAGGAAAGUGAUGAACUGUCAGAUGGUGAUUUGGAAGGGAAAGAUGCCACAGGACAUCAAGUUAAUAAUUGUGAUAAGUUCAACAGUGGGACUGUCCAGUUAUAUCACCCUACUGAGAACCUGCAACAGUGUGCUCAGUCGGAGGAAGAUUCUGACAAACUUCAUCUCACUCCUGUACCACAGCUUCAUGCAGGAUGUAACCGUAGCAAGAGCUUUGAAUAUGUUAAAACAUUUGGUGUGCAGCAAAGCCCAGGAAUGUAUCAGGGGAUACAUAAACAGUGGAAACCACACAAGUGUCCUGAAUGCAAUAAAUCCUUCAAAUUUCUCAGUAGUCUUCGACAGCAUUAUAUAAUUCACACAGAUGAGAAACCAUAUAAAUGUGCUGAAUGCAAUAAGUGUUUCAAACGAAAAGAUAAAUUAAAAUGUCAUCAGAAUUUUCACACAAGGGAGAAAACAUAUAAAUGUGCUGAAUGCAGUAAGGGUUUUUCACAGAGAUGUGAUAUGAUUCGCCAUCAAGCUGUUCACACAGUAGAGAAAAAAGAAAUAUGGACAUGGGAAAGAAAAAGAGAUCUGAUAUGGUGCAAUAUUUAUUCAGAGAAGAAAGCCAAACUAAUCAAUACAAAAAAUGCAGCUCCCAAGAUAUUUGAAGAGAAAUACAGGCAAAGACACCCAGAUAUGGCAAAUUUCACAAUGCACAAAAUAAGACUGCAAAGAUGGAAAGAAUAUAAAAAAAAUAAGUUUAGCGAGGCAGAAAUUAAACAAAUAGAAACAGAAGUGAUAGACCAUCUGCAAAGUGAAGGAUUUAGUGUGGAAACUCUGACACAGACAAUAUGAUGGGCUAAUGAGUGCCUAGAUGGAGGAGCAACAGGUGAAGGAGCAGGAUGAAUCUGAAUGCGGUAAUAAGAUUUGGCGCCUACUGCAGGAAACUUUCCACAAAAGCCUAGUCAGAAUGACGAGUGUGUCUGGCAUUGUGUUUGGCCUUAAGGGCUGUGACUGUUUGACACUCUGACUGUGUGGUCUAUGUGUUGCAUGAGUUAUCAAGUAGUUCUUAGGAUGGCUUGCUGGUUCGCACUUAAUAAGUAGUAUGUUUUUCCCCUAUUGUUAACCAGGUUGGUGCUUGCUUGGGAUAUGCAUUUAAAUAAUUUUUACUCAAGGCUAAAUU